CUUGUUUCUAUAAAUGUAAUGUUCUAACUCAAUAUAUUUUAGCACAAUAAAAUUGAACCAUUAUCUAGUGACAGUUGCAUUGUUAAACUGGGUAUGUCGUCAGCAUUCUUGAUUGCUAUCGUCGUCAUCGUCGCGGCAGCCGUCGCUCCGACUUUGGCCACCGAGCAUGUAGUUGGAGAUGGCGCGGGUUGGACCGUUGGUGGUCCUAAUUAUGCCGAUUGGGCCAGAGGACAUGACUUUCGAGUUGGUGAUACUCUCAGGUUCUCGUAUACAAUAGGACUUCACAAUGUUUUGGAGGUGAGUAGAGCUGAUGCGGAAGGUUGUACAUCUUCGGACCCAGCGGCGUUCCCUUAUAUGACCGGAAACGACAGCGUUUCACUUACCAGCCCCGGAGAAAAGUGGUACAUUUGCGACCUAGGCGACCAUUGCUUGAAAGGGAUGAAGCUCGGCAUCACCGUGUCGGCGCCGCCGCCCUCCGCCGUUACGGUACCUUCUGCCGUCGGGGAAGUAUCGUGCGGGUGGAUGCAUCUUCUGAUGGCCGCCUAUUGCUAUUGGAUGAAUAUGAUCAUGUAACUAGCUAUCUUUACAAAUUUUAUUUAUUUUAUUCAUUUUUCGUGUGGUUAACUUUAUAAAUGUAAUCCUGACAUUGUAAAAUUUGUUUAAGGAAUAAAGGAGUUUUG